AUGUUCUCCAACGCUUUCGAGCUGGCGUACAUGGUGCUAGACACCUUCAUCUACUACGUGAUCAACAUCUCCAUGAUGGUGUUGAUCUUCAGUGAGUUGGUAGUGACCUUCUCCAACAACUUUGUCUACAACUACAACAUCGUGGUGUCGUCGUUCAAGCACAAGAUGUACAAUAAUAUCAACUAG